UUGUUGGGAGCGGGGGCAAUCACUUCUUAUAGGGUUUCUCCUCACGUCACAGCCCGACAGCCCUACGCCACCGUCCGCCUCAAAAUUGCCACCAGCAUGAAUUCUGAGAACAAGAAGAAAAAGAGGCAAAAGCUGAAUCCAGAAGCCGAGUUUCGCUUUACGCUUGAUCAUUGCUCGAAAACCAAAGACCUCUCCGCCGCCAUCUCCCUCUACGAGUCCUCCCCCAAUCCUACACUUUCCCUGAACAACCUCAACUCCCUCUUGUAUAUCUGCUCAAACUCUUUAUCCAAUCUGGAAACUCGAGAGCUCGCUAUCGAAUUCGGGUUCAAGCUCUUCGACCUCCAUAAAAGUAAAAAUUCCAGUAUUUUCAAGCCAAAUGAGGCCACACUCACAGCCGUUGCUCGGCUGGCCUCAGCCAAGGGCGAUGGCGACUAUGCAUUUGAACUUUCGAAGAGUGUAAAGAAAUAUGCGCUCGCGCCGAAGCUCAGGACUUAUGGGCCGGCACUUUUCUGCUUUUCUGAUAAUGGGAUGGCGGAUAAGGCGUAUGAAGUGGAAGAACAUAUAAAAUCUGUGGGGCUGCAGCUGGAGGAGCCUGAGCUUGCAGCGUUGUUAAAGGUGAGUGCGGAGUCAGGAAGGGAGAAGAAGGUUUAUGAGUAUUUGCACAAGCUGAGAGCAGCAGUAAGGGGCGUUAAUGGGUCAACAGCAGAAAUUAUAGAAAGUUGGUUUAACGGCGAAAAGGCUGCUAUGGUGGGUUUGGUUAACUGGGAUGAAGAUGAGGUGAAGGAAGCAAUUCUGACAAAUGGAGGAGGGUGGCAUGGGCUUGGGUGGCUUGGGACAGGUAAGUGGAUCAUACAAAGAUCUAGUGUGGCCUCAGAUGGAAGGUGCUGUGCGUGUGAUCAGCAGUUGACAUGUGUUGACAUUGAUAGAGCUGAGACUGAGAAGUUUGCUCAAUCAGUUGCUUCUUUAGCAAUGGAAAGGGAAGUCCAGUCCAAUUUCAAGGAAUUUCAGGAUUGGAUACAACAAAAUUCUGAAUAUGAAGCCGUGGUUGAUGGAGCAAAUAUUGGUCUAUACCAGCAAAACUUCGCAGAGGGUGGCUUCAGCGUUUCACAGCUUGAGGCAGUUGUUAAAGAACUGUAUAAUAAGAGCAAAAGAUGGCCACUAAUUGUUUUACACAAUAAGCGAGUACGAGCACUUCUUGAGAAUUCUUCUAUAAGAGAACUGGUUCAGGAUUGGAUAGAUAAAAGAAUUCUGUAUGGUACACCAUAUGGAUCAAAUGAUGAUUGGUAUUGGCUUUAUGCAGCUGUGAAACUCAAGUGCUUGCUAGUGACAAAUGACGAAAUGAGAGAUCACAUUUUUGAGCUCAUAGGGAGCAGUUUUUUCCUCAGAUGGAAAGAAAGGCACCAGGUUAAAUAUACGUUCAUAAAAAAUAAUCUGACUCUCCUGAUGCCACCAUCAUAUUCUUUCGUCAUGCAGGAAUCUGGGAAUGGUUCAUGGCAUGUGCCCCUAUCAGGCGAAGCAAGCGACGAGUCUCUGAAAAGCUGGCUUUGCAUCACCCGGCAAGGCAUUUCAGAAAAUUAGAUAAAAGUUGCCCACAAGUUUCUGGUGCAAAAGAAAUUACUUGUCCUUGAUCCUCUUGAGCCAGAAUUUUGUAUGGGAAUCAAUCUAUUUUGAAUGUUUCUCAGAAGUUGAAAUCAGAAAGAACCUUCAUUCUGGUAUAUUUAUUGAACUGAAAAUCCAUCUAUAAAAGAUUCGAGCUGUCUGUUUUUAAUCUGUUUUGCUGAGGAUAGGAAGGAAGAUGCUGAUGAUGACAAGGCUGCUAAAUGUUACUUAGAUUGUUCGGUUUCUAACUAUUUUAAACCUUUUUUUACUGCCGAAUAUUUUAUUAUUCAGCAGUUGUAUAAUUUGCCUUUCAACAUACUAAGCAAUUUACUGUUUAUUUUCUUUGAC